GGAAGGGACUGGACUCGGAGGGGAGAGCGGGUGUCUAGAAGUGGUGCUAAUGGGAAGAGGUUUCUGCUUUCCAAAGAGGAUGCUCUGCCACAAAGAGCGGCUGGCGCGCCGGCCUGGGCUCUAGCAGAGGAGAGAUCCCGGGAGGACUCGGAGCCGGGGGAGCGCUCCUCGGCGCACCGGGGUCACCAUGCCUGUCCGCAGGGGGCACGUGGCACCGCAAAACACAUUUCUGGGCACCAUCAUACGGAAAUUUGAAGGGCAAAAUAAAAAAUUUAUCAUUGCAAAUGCCAGAGUGCAGAACUGUGCCAUCAUCUACUGCAACGAUGGGUUCUGCGAGAUGACUGGCUUCUCCAGACCAGAUGUCAUGCAAAAGCCCUGCACCUGCGACUUUCUCCACGGGCCCGAGACCAAGAGGCAUGACAUUGCCCAGAUCGCACAAGCACUGUUGGGGUCAGAGGAGAGGAAAGUGGAGGUCACCUACUACCACAAGAAUGGGUCCACUUUCAUUUGUAACACACACAUAAUUCCAGUGAAAAAUCAAGAGGGUGUGGCUAUGAUGUUCAUCAUUAACUUUGAAUAUGUGACAGAUGAGGAAAAUGCUGCUUCCCCAGAGAGGGUAAACCCAAUAUUACCAGUCAAAACUAUCAACCGGAAACUUUUUGGGUUCAAGUUCCCUGGCCUGAGAGUUCUCACUUACAGAAAGGAGUCCUUACCACAAGAAGACCCUGAUGUGGUCGUGAUUGAUUCAUCCAAACACAGUGAUGAUUCGGUGGCCAUGAAGCACUUUAAGUCUCCUACAAAAGAAAGCUGCAGCCCCUCUGAAGCAGAUGAUACAAAAGCCUUGAUACAGCCCAGCAAAUGCUCCCCGUUGGUGAAUAUAUCUGGACCUCUGGACCAUUCCUCUCCCAAAAGGCAGUGGGACCGACUCUACCCUGACAUGCUUCAGUCAAGCUCCAAGCUGACCCAUUCCAGAUCGAAAGAAAGCAUUUGUAGUAUACGGAGGGCUUCUUCAGUCCAUGAUAUGGAAGGAUUCAGUGUCCACCCCAAGAACAUAUUUAGAGACCGACAUGCCAGUGAAGACAAUGGUCGCAAUGUCAAAGGGCCUUUUAAUCAUAUCAAGUCAAGCCUCCUGGGAUCCACAUCGGAUUCAAACCUCAACAAAUACAGCACCAUUAACAAGAUUCCACAACUCACUCUGAAUUUUUCAGAUGUCAAAACUGAAAAAAAGAGUACAUCCCCUCCUUCUUCAGAUAAAACUAUUAUUGCACCCAAGGUUAAAGAUCGAACACACAAUGUGACAGAGAAAGUUACCCAGGUUCUCUCCUUAGGAGCAGACGUCCUGCCAGAAUACAAACUGCAGACGCCGCGCAUCAACAAGUUUACAAUAUUGCACUACAGUCCCUUCAAGGCCGUCUGGGACUGGCUUAUCCUGCUGUUAGUCAUAUACACGGCUAUAUUCACCCCCUACUCGGCAGCCUUCCUCCUCAAUGACAGAGAGGAGCAGAAGCGGCGAGAAUGUGGCUACUCUUGCAGCCCUUUGAAUGUGGUAGACUUGAUUGUGGAUAUUAUGUUCAUCAUAGAUAUUCUAAUAAACUUCAGAACUACGUACGUAAAUCAGAAUGAGGAAGUGGUCAGUGACCCCGCCAAAAUAGCGAUCCACUACUUCAAAGGCUGGUUCCUGAUCGACAUGGUGGCAGCGAUUCCUUUCGACUUGCUGAUUUUUGGAUCUGGUUCUGAUGAGACAACAACACUGAUUGGCCUUCUGAAGACAGCUCGGCUCCUCCGCCUGGUGCGAGUGGCUCGGAAGCUUGAUCGGUAUUCAGAAUAUGGCGCUGCUGUUCUCAUGCUCUUAAUGUGCAUAUUUGCCCUCAUUGCUCACUGGCUGGCUUGCAUUUGGUAUGCGAUCGGGAAUGUAGAAAGGCCCUACCUGACUGACAAAAUCGGAUGGUUGGAUUCCUUAGGACAACAGAUUGGAAAACGUUACAAUGACAGUGACUCAAGUUCUGGGCCAUCCAUUAAAGACAAAUACGUCACAGCACUUUAUUUUACCUUCAGCAGUCUAACCAGUGUAGGAUUCGGAAAUGUGUCACCUAACACCAAUUCGGAAAAAAUCUUUUCAAUUUGUGUCAUGUUGAUUGGCUCACUAAUGUAUGCAAGCAUUUUUGGGAAUGUAUCUGCCAUUAUCCAAAGACUAUACUCGGGAACUGCCAGGUACCACAUGCAGAUGCUGCGAGUAAAAGAGUUCAUUCGCUUUCACCAAAUUCCUAAUCCGCUGAGACAACGGCUUGAAGAAUAUUUCCAACAUGCAUGGACUUACACCAACGGCAUUGACAUGAAUAUGCAAUUGCCAGAAUGUUCCAGGACCAAAAGCAUGCCAGUUGAACCAAAUGGUUCAGAGUGCAAAAGGAAGAGGGUCAGGAUAGUGAAACUGGUGAAAGGAAGAAUAUUGGAAUUCCAAGAUCACACUUGUAAAUUGAGUUUAGUAACUGCCUACUUCCAAACAGAAAGUAAGACAACUUGCAGUGAAAACCUAAGUGCAAGGAAAAACGAUAUAUUUGGAGAAAUGGUUCAUCUUUAUGCCAAACCUGGAAAGUCUAACGCAGAUGUAAGAGCUCUAACAUACUGUGAUUUGCAUAAGAUCCAGAGAGAAGACUUGUUAGAGGUUCUGGAUAUGUAUCCUGAGUUUUCUGAUCACUUUCUCACAAACCUAGAGUUGACUUUCAACCUAAGACAUGAGAGUGCAAAGGCUGAUCUCUUACUACGAUCACAGUCCAUGAAUGACUCAGAAGGAGACAACUGUAAACUACGAAGAAGGAAAUUAUCAUUUGAUAGUGGAGAGACAGAUUUUGGGAAAGGAAACAGUACAAAUGAUGCUGAAGAUUCUGGAGACACCAUAAGAAAUUAUCAGAGUUCCAAAAAACACACGGAAGAGAAAAAAAGCAGAUCUUCAUCUUUCAUCUCCUCCAUUGACGAUGAACAAAAGCCUCUCUUCUCAGGAAUAGUAGAUUCCCCGCCAGGCGUAGGGAAACCAACUGGACUCAAUUUUAAAGACGUAGUACCCACAUCAGGAAGAAUUCACAUAGAUAAAAGAAGUCACUCUUGCAAAGAUAUCUCUGACACAAGAAGCUGGGAGCAAGGAAAUGCCCAGACUCAGGCCGAUGAGUCUAGUAGUCACUCAGCACCGCAGCAAACUGCCUGGGGGAUCUCUGAAACCGAAAGUGACCUCACUUGUGGGGAAGUGGAGCAAAGGUUGGAUUUGCUGCAAGAACAACUCAACAGACUUGAAUCCCAGAUGACGGCAGACAUCCAGACCAUCUUACAGUUGCUGCAGAAACAAACUGCUGUGGUCCCCCCAGCCUACAGUAUGGUCACUGCCGCGGCGGAGUAUCAGAGACCCACCAUCCACCUGAUGAGAACCAGUCAUCCGAGAGCAUCCAUCAAGACGGACCAAAGUUUUAGUCCUUCCUCACAAUGUCCUGAAUUUCUAGACCUUGACAAAUCUAAACUUAAAUCCAAAGAAUCGCUCUCAAGUGGUGUGCAUCUGAACACAGCUUCGGAAGACAACUUGCCUUCACGUUUAAAACAAGACAGCGAGCUCUCUUUAGAGCUUCACUCGCGGCAAAGAAAAACUUACCUUCAUCCAAUUAGGCACCCUUCUUUACCAGAUUCCUCCCCGAGCACUGCAGGCAUCUUGGGUCUUCAUAGGCAUGUUUCUGAUCCUGGUCUUCCGGGGAAAUAAUCAUUUUGUACUAUCUAUUCCACAUACAAUGUAAGUGCUUUUAAUGGCUGUUUUCCUUUUUGUAUUUAAAUCCUCUCUACUUGACUCAGGGGCUCAAAGGUACCAUUAUAUGCAAAAGUACUGUAUAUUUUCCUAAACUGAAGCUUGUGUGGUAAAACUGAGCAGUUAGGAUGUAAAUGUACAUACGAAUUCUUUUGUUCCAAAUGUUAAACUGCCAGCAUCUCAAGGCACCUUAUUUUUUAUUUUUAUUUUUUAAAUCAUGUGCAUGUUAGGAAACUCCAAUUUCUCUUGCAUGGAGACUCCUGUUUCCUGCUUUUACUAAAUCAGUACUUUGUUAUGAAAAUGCCUUCAAUUAGAAACCAAGGGAUAAAAUUUGUUCACGGAUGCAACUCAGAUGAUCCUCAACUCAAGGAAGUUCAAGGAGGAAAAAGGGAGCUUAAUCACUUUCGAGAACUGAUAUUCAUAGUUAAUUACAUUCAUUCCACCCCACACUGACAAGAGAAAAUGCGGUGUAGAGUUAUAAAUCUCUGACUAUAUACGUAGCCAUCUCCAAAUACAUGAAUAUAGGCAAGCAUUAAUGAGGACAAAAGAAGGCCUUUCUGUUUGAAAUUCUGUCACUAACUGAUUUACAAACUACCUGAAAUACUUUCCACUGGCACAUUUCCUUGAUUAGAAGCAGGUUUCUCUAAUUUUUCUAUUUUGGGGGGUGGGGGGUGGGAAGGGAGAACUACUAAUGAGUGACUGACAAAAACUGAUAUCCACAGCUUUCUUCUAAUAUAUAUUUUAGGGCAAUCUUGAAUUUGAUCAAAAGAGUGUUGGUACAUAGUUUUAUUUUUUUUAAAUAUGCAAUUUGAAUGGGUUUGCAUGGCAAAACUAGCUUUCAUUGAGUAUAAGUUAUUCUAUGGCUUUCUAACCCCAGCUGUGGAAACAAUGAUGUGCAUUUACUUGCCUAUGAAGGAAGUGCACACCCACCAACCAUAACAUUUCAGUUUUAUUGGGUCAUUCACACACAUUUGCUAAUCAAAUAUUAAAUGAAUAUACAUCAACCCUAUCAUAUUGGAACAUAUGAAUAUAUUCCAUCAGAUUAUUGAAAUAUAUUCAUAAUGCAAUGGUUUAAUAUUUUUAACUGUUAGAUUUUCUUUUGGGGAAGGAGGCCUAAACCGCUUUUAAAAUCAAGGUACAGAAAAAUGUGCAAGUUAAUUUA